AUGAAAUUUCCAAGUGCUCUCGGACCUCCUGCUUCUGAUAUCCCAAAGUCAGUGCUUGAAUGUUAUUUGGAAGAAGACUUCCCUAUCUCAGAAAUUGCUAAUAUGAUGUCACUAUCUGAAAGUACGAUUUACCGCCAAAUGAGACUUUAUGGACUAAGCAAAUUACAGUUUUCCAACAUAUCCGACGAGGAACUUGAUCACCAAUUGCAUGAAACAACGAAAGAAUUUCCACGUUGUGGUGAGGUACUUCUGAAACAGCUAUUGUAUGAAAAAGGGGUUAUGGUUCAACGAAUGCGGUUAAGAGAUAGCUUACACAGAGUAGAUGGAUUAGGUGUCCAGGAAUGAACAAAAGGACGUCUCCAAAGAAGAGUGUACAAUGUGAAAUUAUGGCAUGUUGAUACCAAUCACAAGCUGAUUCGUUGGAAUUUUGUUAUUGUAGGUGGAAUAGACGGAUUUAGCCGGUUGCCCGUAAUGCUGGAGUGCACUGAUAACAAUUCUACUGCUACUAUUCUCAGAUGCUUUUUUAAUUUAAUUGCUGUUCAUGAGUUUGGUAUACCAAGUAGGGUUCGAAGUGACAAGGGUUUAGAAAAUGUUUGCAUAGCUGAUUUUAUGAUUGAAAACAGAGGGGGUAACCGAGGUAGCAUGAUUACAGGAAAAAGUGCCCAUAACCAACGUAUAGAACGUUUAUGGAGGGAUGUGUAUGAAGCAGUUUUGGGUUUUUAUUAUGACCUGUUUUACUUCAUGGAAGACAACCAAAUCCUUGACCCUUUCAUAUAUUUACCUAAGAUCAACGAGAAAUUGAAAAUAUGGCAAAAUGCCUGGUCUCGCCAUCGCAUUCACACCGUCAGAUCUAGUCCACUUCGGCUGUGGUUGGCUGGACAGAUG